AUGUCGGAGAGCGAGCAGGGGAAGGGCGUGUCCGAAGUUGCACAUAAGGAACAAACCCCACAAGUUGCUCAUGAGGAAGUGGAUAGUGCACAUCUUGAUUUAAAUGAUGAUGACAAGGCGUUAGCAGCGCGUAUGGGCCAUCGAUCGGAUUUUGCGCGCGAAUUUAAGAGUUUCUCGACAAUUUCGUAUGCGUUCGCAAUUAUGGGUUUGGUAUCAUCCAUUGCAACGACCUUUAAUAGUCCAUUUAUGCUUGGCGGACCUGCAUCUACAGUCUGGGCAUGGUUUAUGGGGUCUUGUUUUAAUAUGACCCUAGGAACAUCCAUUGCGGAGCUCGUUUCAGCCUAUCCGUCCUCCGGCGGUCUCUAUUCCGCCAGUGGUCUUUUGGUGCCGAUAAAAUACCGCGCGUUCACUGCAUGGUGUGUAGGAUGGCUCAAUUUUACGGGUCAAAUUGCAGGUAUUGCAGGUUCCGAGUGGGGUUUGGCCCAAAUGAUAUACGCCUGGGCACAUGUGAUUUCCAAUGGGCAGUUCGUCGCGAACAGAAACCAAACGGUCGGUCUCUAUGUGGCGCUGAUGAUCAUUCAUGGGGUCAUCAAUAGUCUUGGGACGCGAACCUUGGCACGCUUGACUAGUGGGUAUGUGAUUGUCAAUAUCGGCAUUACCUUUGUCAUUAUUAUUACUGUUCUGGCUUGUACGCCAUUGAAUGAAAUGAAUUCGGCCAGCUAUACAUUUACUGAGAUUGUAAAUCAGAGUGGAUGGGGAGCAUCGAAUCCAAUGGGCGGGGACGCCAUCGCGUUCCUGUUUGGUCUAUACUCUGUUCAAUUCGUGAUGACGGACUAUGAUGCUACUGCGCAUAUCUCGGAGGAAGUUCACCGUGCGGCGAUUGCUGCGCCGGUUGCUAUCAUGAUUGCUGUAGCUGGUACAGGGGCUGUUGGCUGGGUGCUCAACAUUGUCCUUGUCAUUACGUCUGGCAGGGACAUUAUUACCAGUGACCCGGAUACGUUCCCUGGCGGUCUAGCCAUGGCCGAAAUUAUCCGCUACCGCAUUGGCAAGGUUGGGUUCCUUGUCAUUUGGCCAUUUGUAUGCCUGGUCGCAUUUUUCGUCGUGACCACGGCCUUGCAAGCCAAUGCACGCUCUUUCUAUGCAUUUUCCCGCGACAGGGGUCUUCCUGAUAAUUUGUUUUUUGCGCGGAUUUCCAAAUACACAAAAACUACUGUUAAUGCCGUAUGGCUUGUCGUAUUCUGGUGCAUUGCACUCGGCUUUUUGGGCUUUGCUUCCCAAGCAGCAGUGAAUGCCAUUUUUGCGCUUGCUGCGCUUGGUAUGGACUUGUCGUACCUGGUUCCAAUUAUUUGCAGGCAAGUAUUUGCGAAUCACCCCGAAGUCCAGUUUCAGCCAGGUCCAUUCACACUGGGCACUGGGUUCUUUGGGAAAGCGAUAAAUUAUACUGCAAUUGCGUGGACACUUUUUGAAUGUACCGUACUUUCGAUCCCAACGGUAUUGCCUUUUGAUGCACAGAAUUUCAACUAUUCGUGGGUUAUUAUGGUUGGUGUCUUGUUGCUGGCCAUUAUAUGGUACGCAGCUUAUGCACACAAAUAUUACCGUGGUCCCAUUAGCACAUUGACUCCUGAUCUACUGAAGAAGCUCGGCAUUGUCACUGUUCAGGAAGAGGCCAUUGCCAACUCUCCAGAGAUGGCUGACGCACAGUCUUUUGAGCACAUCAAGAAUAAGUGA